CGCACAUUUCAACUUAACGAUGAAUAACGUCGCCACCGCUCCAUCCACGGCGUCGUACGAGUCCAAGAAAUCGAGCCUCAAGUGGCGAGUAGAUGUCGUGCUCCACACGAACCAGCACGCUAACGUCCACGAGCCAAAGGCUUUGGUGGAAUUGAAUCCGCGUGAGGUGAGCGGAGAAGCCUUUCGGUUGCAACUAUCCCGCACACAGGUGACGCAAGUGCUUAACGAAUUUGAGAAGAUUCAACAGUUAAUGGAAGCCCGUCAAACCCCACACGCUGCUGCGCAGGGGGGCGGGAUGGGGCUCGCCUGAGGACCUGUGUGCAAAAAGGUCUGAAGGGGGUGGAGCGCCUUCCUGCUGUACAAUGUGCUUAACACAUAUUGCUAUUGUGUCUCGUGUUCAGUCUGAGGCAUUCCACGACGUUUCCUGAACUGUACGAG